UCCAAUCACAUCACUCUAAAUUUCCUUUCAAUCCACAACUAUCUCUCCAACUUUGCAAGCAAUCUAAUUGUGUGAAAAAAUAGCUUUCACCCCUUCCCUCCGUUAUAGACUUGAAGUCCUUUCACCUUCCUUAUGUUUCCACCAAACACAUCUCCCAUGCUCUAUCCUCUCCUGUCACACAAUCACUGAUUUUCUUCCACAAAAUCAUCCCUCCAUCUCCCUAUACAAUCUGUCUAUUCUCCAUCUACUUGCUUUCCACUUAUCUAACCCACUAUCUUCUAACUCUCAUCCGUAUCCUCCAAUAUUUUGUGUUCUUUCUCUCCCCUUGGACUCUACACGCCGGGGAAAACUCAUAGGCAGCGAUGGUGAGAAUCCUCCAUGGCACCAGCGAUGACCGAGUGAAUAUUUUCCUACAAAUUAUCGACUACAUUUUGUUUCGUUCAGCUGCCGCCAAACAGAGCCAAACAAAACCGUUUAUUUUAGCUCUCAUGGAUGCUUUCUGCUCUCCUUGCUCGAGGUCCACCAGCACCAUAUCCGGCUCAAAAGGUCACAAGAGAAGAAGAAGGAUGAGGAUGGUGGCGAAGGUGUCGGGAGUUUCACCUCUCGGCAAUGGCCAGAGUUAUCGUUCUGGUUUCCGAGUUACUACUUCCAUGGAGCCAGUGGUUGAUGAUGGAGGAGUUGGCCCUUUAACAAAGACCAGCAAGAAAUCUCGAGUCCAAGAGUCCCCUGCAGGCUUCCUUUGAGUUCCUACUCAACAUCUGGGUCACAGCCUCUUAAACAGAUGCCUUCGUAUUCUAAUGGUUCGAUGGAUCAUGGGGUGAAGGGUGGUUCUGAUCAAGGAUUCGAAGAACCACCCAACAAGCUUGCUAAACACUCCAAACAUCAAGUGCUGGACAUUGUGCAGAGCUUUAAUCACGAUGUUAGAGAUGCGAUUCAUUACAACAGAAGAGUCUCUAACUCAAAACAUAGAGAUGUGCAGGUUCCACUGCAACCUUAAUCUCAGCAUUCUGUUAGUUGUUCGCCAACUCUAUGCAACGACCCAGUCGGCAAGGGAGGCGCUGUUGUAGUUGUUGAGGGUUAAGUGGAGUCAAAGAGUUUAAAAAGGCUAGAUGAAGUAACCUUGGUGUUCAUCAAGGUGGAGAAACCGGAUGAUGGAGUAGCAAAGAAUUCCAAUGACGAAUCCUACAUUCAGUGUUCAAACAUCAAGUGCGUUGCUGACAGACGUUGUCUCUACAAAACAUGUGGAUGUUUGUUACUUUGUUCUAAACGCAAUGAGAAAUUAAUUUGUACAUAUGUUGUUGGUUGUAUGUCUUUACAUAUAGUAAUUUGUUUGUUGUCUUCGUGCAGGUUGCUUUCGUUGACGAUAUGGGAUCUUGCUGAUGAAAAUGAUAUUAUGUAAAUAUAAGUAGUCGUUGGUAUUUGGCGGGGAGAUGUGGGUUUAUUUGUCUAUAAGCAAUUAUGUAGGGGUCUCUUGGUUAUUUUGGGCUGUUGGUUCUUUGUUUUGAGUUUUGACCAUCUUUUGUUUAUCCAAGGCUGGGACACAAGGAAUGAUGAUUGUUAGCCAGAGUCCGGAGACCUGGUUUUGAUAUCUUCACCCUGAGUAUACCUAAUCUGUUGCGGUUUGAGGGUGUCUAUUAUUUGUUGGAUGGACCAAAAUGAGUUGCCUGCACAAUUAUGGUUCACUAUGUUGUUGGCCUUAGUGUUGAUACCACUGGGUUGCUUAGUAUAUGUAAGUUACAUAUCUAUUGCAUGAUAUUUGUAUUCCUUGAGUAUUUUCUUAACACGUGAUCAAUAUAGUAGAUCACUAAUUAACCUUACAAAUCAUGUUUUAUCUAUUUUGAUCAUUUCCAUGCUUAUGAGUAGUUUCCGGAUUCUAUAUGUAACUUAAAAG